AGAAUUCAUGGCACCGAAGUUGCGAUCAAAGAGAUUUCCAUGUCUCGAUUGAACAAGAAGUUGCAGGAGUCUCUCAUGUCUGAAAUUUUCAUCCUCAAGCAUAUUAAUCAUCCUAAUAUAAUUCGCUUACACGAUAUUAUUGAGGUAAGUCCACUAACUCUUAUUUGAUUUGUAUCAUCGAAAAUCUCAGUAACUUAUUUUUGAAGAUAGUUGUUUCGAAUCGAUCUGGUUGUUUACGGCGUCGAGUUUUGGAGGUUCUUAACUCUGAUUGAUUGGCUAAUUGGACGACUAUUAUUUUUUUCAAUUGCAAAUGUUGUGAUUCAUGUGGAGUUUACUGGUGUGUAAUUGACCUGCUGACAAACUGUGCGAUGAUGGAACGGAAACUUAUUACAUGUUUGGAAACUCGUUCGGGAUGUUGAACAGGGUUGAGGCAGUUUCCGGCUUAUAUGUUCAUGUAGGUUCCUGGAAAGAUACAUAUUGUAUUGGAAUAUUGCAGUGGUGGCGACCUUUUCAUGCAUAUACAGCGCCACGGAAGAGUACCAGUAGCCACAGCAAAGCUGUUCAUGCGCCAGCUUGCGGCUGGUUUGAAAGUUCUCCGAGAGAAUAAUAUUAUACACCGGGACUUGAAGCCGCAGAAUCUGCUUCUCUCCACAAAUGACAAUAACUCAGUUUUAAAGAUUGCAGAUUUUGGCUUUGCUAGAUCUCUUCAACCUAGAGGGCUAGCAGAGACAUUGUGUGGCUCCCCUCUUUACAUGGCGCCCGAAAUAAUGCAACUGCAGAAAUAUGAUGCAAAGGCAGAUCUCUGGAGUGUGGGUGCAAUUGUGUAUCAACUUGUGACUGGGAAGACUCCUUUUACAGGAAGCAACCAAAUGCAGCUGCUCCAGAACAUAAUCAGAGCCACAGAACUGCGUUUCCCCCCAGAUAUGAAAGAUUUGAGUUCAGAAUUUGUAGAUUUGUGUCAGAAAUUGCUUCGACGUAAUCCUGUUGAACGACUAACAUUUGAUGAGUUCUUCAACCACCCCUUUCUUUGUCAGAAGCAGCUUAUGGAAACAUCUGGGAGUGAGAAAUCAUUCAGAAGAGCAGAUAGUUAUUCUUUAUCUGGGUGCAAUCUCUUGAAGCACAGGGAGGAAAAUUCUCCAGAUGAUUGUUUGCCGUUUCUUUUGGAUGAUGAAAGCAGUGGUACUGAUGGGAGUCCGUCUUUUCUUAGGAGGAGAUCAUCUGUUAAAUCUACUUAUGGUUUCUCUCUUGAUUCCAAAACGGAAGCAGUGUCUAGUACUAUGAGAGAUAUGGACCAUAUUUCUACACAAGGCCAUGCAACACAAAAGGUACAAACUAAUGGUUUUAAAAUAAACAGCCAUGGACCUGAGAAUAUACACAUUGAACAUUCUCCUAUUUGCAUGGAGCAAAGACAGCUGAGCUCUAAUUCAAGAGCUUUGGACCCUCCAGAGUUCAGUGAUCAAGAUUAUGUACUUGUAUCUGGACCCCCUAUGGAUGUUUCAGCCUCCUCUGCCAGUAUCUCAAAACCAAGCCUAUCCCCGACGAAGUCUGAUAUCCCUCCUCCUGCAUAUUGUGGUGUUAGAUCAAGAUCUAGUGCCCCAGUGCCAAUUGCCGGUCCAUCAAGCAGAUAUUCAUGCUGCAUUGGAACCUUAGAUAGCCAGUCUUCUGUCCCUCAUGGAUACUCACAGGGGUCCAUGGAUACGGCAGAUGCCUUGGAGCUGCCCUCUAGAGACUCCAUCACAAGGCUUAAGUCGCUGCAGGAGUGUGCAGUUAGUGUCAAGGAACUGCUUAAUGAGAUGGUUGAGGCUGGUAGACUUCUUGAAGCAUUUUCUAUUCAGCUUGUAAUUUUAGCAGUUUGGAAGCAAGCACUGCAUAUUUGCCAUACACAGGCUGUCUCCUCCACCGAUGGCAGUCCUCCAGACAUUGCAAAGGCUAGGGGUAGCAUUAACAAGAUUGAAAAUAGUCCAGACUUUGGUGAACCUCUUGAUUCUGUCUGUUCUGAAGUGCUUGAGGACGUCUCUACUGUAAUCAAGAGGGAGUUUUUUAGCGAAGUAGAGCAUGCUGAAGAACUUUCAAAGUUUGUAGAGCCAGGAAGUGUUGAAUUGCCUGAUGCUAUGGAAACAAUUUAUCAAUCUGCUCUUGCGCUGGGAAGACAUGGUGCAGUUGAUGAGCUGAUGGGAGAUAUGGAAAAUGCGGCGUCCUCAUAUUCGAAAGCUGUGCGCUUGUUGAUCUUUCUUCUUGUGGAAGCACCAUCCUUAAUACUGAAUCCUCCAUUCUCUCUGACUAACUUGGACCGGUUUAGACUUCGCAAUUACAUUAACAUUUUGAAUGACAGGCAAAGCAUAUCAAGGUCUCAGAGGAUGGCCCUUCUUAAGCCUGAGGGUCCAAAAAGUCCACCUUAAACAGGAUGUCGUUUCUGAUGUCCAUCGCCCUAUUUAUGAUGUAUAUAAUUUUGUUUCUCUGUACA